AUGGCAGCUAGCACUGUGUUCCCUGUGCUGCGCUCCUCCGAGUACUUCGCAAGGCCAUCAAUUGAUGAGCUGGUAGAGAGGGAGGUGGCUGAUCCUGGCUACUGCAGCAGGGUUCCAAACUUCAUCAUAGGGAGGGCUGGAUAUGGGCAGGUUAGGUUCUUGGGCGACACUGAUGUGAGGGGCAUUGACCUGAAUGAAAUUGUCAGGUUCGAAAAACACUAUGUGGUGGUUUAUGAAGAUGAGACUUGUAAGCCACUUGUAGGGCAUGGUCUUAACAAAGCAGCAGAAGUGUCCCUGCUGCUGAGUCUGAAGGAUCUUCCGGAGCCCAGUAUCCUUGUUGAGGUGCUAAGGUGUUCUGCAAGAAAGCAAGGUUCUAGGUUUCUUUCAUUCAAUCCAGUGAGUGGAAAAUGGAAAUUUGAGGUUGACCAUUUUAGUAGAUUUGGGCUUGUCGAUGAGGAGGAAGAGGAUGCUGUGAUGGAUGAGGCAGCUGUUCGGCAGCCAAUUACUGAAGUAAGAGAAAGAGAUCCACCUUCAAAUGGUCAUGAAAUUGAGCUUUCCCAUUCAUUGCCUGCUCAUCUCGGGCUUGACCCUGCAAAGAUGCAAGAAAUGAGGAUGGUGAUGUUUUCCAAUGAGGAAGAAGAUGAAUAUAUGGAGGAUGGGUUCCCUUCUGACGAGAGGUACGUUAGCAAAGAAAGGAUGAAUGUGGAUUCACCUGCCUCAAGCGGUAAAGGUUUGAGGUUAAGGCCUCUCUCUCCCUUGCACAUGUCUUCUCAGAAGGCUGGCAGGAGAUCUGGUAUGCCGGUUCGGAAAGAACCUCAGGCACUUUUGGAAUACAGUAUGAAUUCUUCAGAUCUUGGCCCAUCGACCCAGGGUAUUCUUAUGUCUGGGCAAAACAGAGGAUUUCCAGUGAGUAUGACCAAGGUGGAUGGUUUUAAGCUGCCGGCUGACCAAGAAACUCCUGUUGCUGGAAACAUGUAUACUAAUUGUGUAGUGGAUGCUGCUUUAUUCAUGGGUAGAUCAUUUCGUGUUGGUUGGGGACCAAAUGGUUUACUUGUACAUUCAGGUAGUCUGGUCAAUAAUCCUGGAACGGGCCUAUCUUCUGUUAUUCACAUAGAGAAAGUUGCAAGUGACAAAGUUGUGCGUGAUGAUAAGAACAAGAUUAAGGAUGACCUAACAGAACUAUGUUUUUCUGAUCCAAUGGACCUCCAUAAGAGUCUUGAUCAUGAGUUUCUGGAGACUGAGUCUGACUCGUUCAGAUUAAAGCUUCAGAAAGUCAUGGCAAAUCGUUUGGUUUUGCCUGACAUCUGCAGGUCAUAUAUUGACAUCAUUGAAAAGCAGCUUGAAGUCAGUGAUUUAUCUAUGUCUACGCGUGUGCUGUUGAUGCAUCAAGUAACAGUGUGGGAGUUAAUCAGGGUCUUGUUCUCAGAAAGAGCAACUGGUAACCAGUUGGAGCCUGUUGGAGAUGAUGAUCAGGAAGGCAUGGUUUUAGACAAAAAAGAAGGCUAUGUUGACAUAGACCCUGAAGCACUUCCUUUGUUUAGGAGAGCAGACUUCAGCAAUUGGUUACAGGACAGUGUUUGCCAUCGGGUGCAAGGAGAGGUGAGCUCCUUAAAUGAUGCCAGGUACUUGGAACAUAUCCUUCUUCUUUUGACUGGUCGACAAUUGGACACGGCCACAGAAAUUGCUGUCUCAAGGGGUGAUGUUCGGUUGGCAAUCUUGCUAAGUCAGGCAGGUGGGUCAAUGUCAAAUCGAUCUGACCUUGCUCAGACACUGGAUCAGUGGAAAAUGAACGGUCUAGAUUUUGAUUAUAUAGAAGAAGACUGGUUAAAGGUAUAUAGGUUGCUUGCUGGUAACGUACAGGCUGCUUUUCUUGAUUCACCAAUUGACUGGAAAAGGUACCUUGGUUUGAUUAUGUGGUAUCAAUUAUCACCUGAAACACCACUUGAUAUUAUCAUUCGUUCUUAUGAUCAACUCCUUGGUGAGGGAAAAGUUCCCUAUCCUGUUCCUGUAUAUAUAGAUGAAGGACCUCUUGAUGAAGCGCCUCAGUGGUCCCCAGGUGACCAUUUUGAUAUCUCCUUCUACCUAAUGCUUCUUCAUGCCAAUCAAGGCGAGAAGUUUGGGCUGCUAAAAACUAUGUUCAGUGCAUUCUCAUCUUCAUUCGACCCCUUGGAUUAUCAUAUGAUAUGGCUUCAGCGUUCGAUUUUGGAAGCUGUUGGUGCUUUCAGUUCAAAUGAUCUUCACUUGCUAGAUUUAAGUUUUGUUUAUCAAUUACUUUGUCUUGGGAAGUGCCAUUGGGCUAUCUAUGUCAUUCUACACAUGCCGUAUCUUGACGAUGCCCCAUACAUUCAUGAGAAAUUAAUCAGGGAAGUUUUAUCACAAUAUUGUGAGUCAUGGAGUAGAGAUGAUGCUCAAAGGCAAUACAUUGUGGAACUUGGUAUACCAGAAGAAUGGAUGCAUGAAGCUCUGGCUCUUUAUCACGAAUACUAUGGAGAUAAGCAGGGUGCACUGGAGAAUUUUAUUCAGUGUGGCAACUGGAAGAAAGCUCAUGCUAUUUUCAUGACUUCUGUUGCUCAUUCUAUAUUUCUGUCAUCUAACCAUCAGGAGGUCUGGAAGAUCACAAGUGCCUUGGAGAACCAUAAGUCUGAAAUUGCUGACUGGGACCUUGGUGCCGGAAUAUACAUAGACUUCUACAUUCUAAAGAACUCAAUGCAAGAAAGAAAUGCCAUGGAUGAUUUGGAUUCACUCGAGGAGAUAAGUGAAUCAUGCAGAAGUUUCUUUGGCCGAUUAAAUGAUUCAUUGUUAGUCUGGGGAAGCAAAUUACCUGUUGAGUCAAGAAUACUCUCUGGGCUUGCUGACAGUGUUAGGUAUGACAGGGCAUGCUACUCGAAGAUAGCAGAGGAGCUAUGUGAGCUUCUUGUGGACACCCCAAGCGAGACGCUGAAUCUACCCAUGGGAUGUCUUCAGACGAUGCUCAACGCUCCAGUUCCUGAUGAAAUCAGGUCGUCGUACCUGCAGGAUGCACUCAGCGUCUUCACCGAAUUUCUUUGCAGCGAUUCAUAA